AUGGAGAAGCAUCAAGAGCUAGAGUGGGUGGAAGCGCAGAAGAUUGUGGUAAGCCAAGACCUUGUGGCUGCAGCCAAGCAGCAGCUGCAGUUCCUUGCUGCUGUUGACAGGAACCGAUGCCUCUAUGAUGGCCCUGCAUUAGACUCUUCCAUACAUAGGUACAAAAACUUUUGGCUUCCAUUACUUGCCAAACAUACCGAGUCUCGGUUUCUAGAAGGCCCUUUGGUUGUGCCUCUUGACUGUGAAUGGAUCUGGCAUUGUCAUAGGCUCAAUCCGAUACGAUACAAGAUGGAUUGCAUGGAACUUUAUGGGAGGAUUCUUGACAGUCAAAAUGUUGUAUCCUCUGUUUAUGGGACCUCCAAAGAGCAAACUGAAGAAAUCUGGAAAAUCAUGUAUCCAAAUGAACCAUAUGAGCUCAAUCUGAAUCUGUUUGGCUCUUUAGAAACUGUUUUUGACAGUAAAGUGGAAGCUUCAAAAAGCACCAAUUAUGAUCUGGUUUCAGCAGUCAAAAGGCAAAGCACUUUCUAUUACCAGGUAUCCAGAGCCAGCAUGAAUGAUGAUCUCUUUCUUGAAGGAGCUUUAGCCCGAUACAAGGGGUUUCUGCAUCUCAUCAAGAGGAACAAGGAAAAAAAAAUUACCCACUUCUGUGUUCCAACUUAUGACAUUGAUCUCAUCUGGCACUCCCAUCAAUUGCAUCCUGUUUCCUACUCUAAAGAUUUGGUGGCAAUACUGGGAAAGGUAUUGGAGCACGAUGACACGGACUCUGAUAGAGCUGAAGGAAAGAAACUGAAUGUUGGGUUUUGCGAAACCACCAGGCAGUGGGAAGAGACAUUUGGUUCACGGUACUGGAGGGCAGGGGCAAUGUAUAGAGGCAGUACUCCUUCAACUCUAGCUAUGAAUGUGCAGCCAUUGAACACUCUCAGCAAGAAGGCGGUUCCAAACAUUGAAUGUCGAGAUAUAAUUCAACUACCCAAGAAGAAGAUUGUGGAGGUUCUGCUAGAGAUUGUGGGGGCACGAAAUUUACCAUCCGAGCAUGCAGGCAACCUCUUUGUUUCCUUCAGUAAGAAACAGCCUGAUCUGUUCUUCAACACCAGCAGGAGAUUAAACAUUUUGUCCGAGUCAAGGGAAAAAAGAGUUGCAGCGUUCCAAUGUGAACCAACUGGAGAGCUACUCCUUGAACUUCUGUCCACUUCACCUUCCAACGUGCCCAUAGCAAAGUCAACCAAAACUUUAGGGACUACUUUGAUCUCUCUGGAGGACCUCUUUAACCCGGUUUCCAAAUUGUUUGAGGAUAAUUGGUUUGAAUUGGUGCCCACUUCUGGAAUUGCAGAGUCCAGGCUUGUCAGUCUUCGUAUUGCACUGUCUUUUACCGCUCCGGUUCAAGCACCGUAUGUGCUACACAUGGUUCAGCCGCAGCCAUUCUCAAGUGGUUCUUUUUUCCCACUCCCUGAAAGGGUUUAUUGUGCCAAGGGUUGGACACAUGUUGUGGAUGGCAUAGGUAAUGUGGUAAUCAGCAUCCAAAUGAGGAUUCCACAGAAAUCACAAGAAGGAAUCAACGGUAUUCCCAAAACAGAAGUGAUUGGCAUGACAGGAUCUGGUGAAACACGUGUUCUUGCUGAAUUCAUCGGACAAGGAUGGUCUUUGAUGAAUUCUCAAUGGUUCUUUCAGCUUCAGAAGACAGUUAGCAAGGAAGAUCCUAUUCUUGACCUUACAGGGAGCCGAAAGGUCAGUAUUUACACCGUGUUUUGCUUCAUUUUGGAAGAUUGGAUAUUUGUUUGGGGGGUUUUGGAGGCUUUAAUUUUACUAGUCACAAUGAGGGAUCUGCAGACGCUCCAUCAAGACGAAAAUCGUAAGGUAACCAUUUUUCAAGGAAGAAAACUGGGUUAUGAGUUCGAGAAUGCUGAGAGGAAGAAAAAUGAACAAGACUUCAUCACCAUAGUUGAGUUUUCUAUUGAACAUCCUUAUGGAAAAGCUGUGGCUUUGCUCAACUUGAAGUCUGGUUUUCUCAAGAUGAGCAGCAUACUACUUGUUGGUCAUCUCUUCAGUGGGGACUUUGUUCAAAUUUUUCUCGGUCAGGAUAUAGGCCACCUUGAGGAGACUGAGGUAGAAAAGCAUCUUGCCUUUCCAUCUCUCGAAAUGGGCUCCCUUGAACUGGAAGGGCUCGUUGAGAUCGCCGGUAUUCUCGUUGGUGUUUUCUAUAGUGAAAGAAGGCUAAAAAUUGAAGCAGGAUCACUAUACCUGCCCAAGGAUGACGAGUUGAAGCCACAAGGGGAUGAUGCUCACUUCAUCUAUACCAAGAAGCAAACAAUUGGCUUGGCAAAUGGUGUUGGUGGUUGGACUUGGAGGGGUGUGGACUCAGGCGAAUAUGCUCGGCAGCUCAUGACUAACUCUCUUAUUGCACUUCACAACCAACCUAAGGGAGCUGUGAACCCCAAAAUGGAGUUGGAAGUGGAAGUGGAAGUUGAAGAAGACGACAUUGUGGUAGUUGGAACAGAUGGCUUGUUUGACAACUUGAGUGAAAGUGAGAUUGAAGAGAUCACAAACCAUGCUGUCUAA